AUGGACUCCUACAGCAACCAGUACAACAACGACACCUCCAUCUCCCAGGAGGGCAGCAACCGCAUGGACGGCGGCAGGUACCAGGACAACAACUUCUCCUCAGGAGGUAUGAACAACGACGACUUCAGCAGCAACAGGUCCUCCUCACGCCGCGAGCGCGAGGACGACGCCUUCACCGAUACGCAGUCGUCCGGCCGGGGAAAUGAGUCCUUCUCCUCUGGCAUCGGCCAGCAGGACAGACGUAUGCCUGGCAUGUCGGUGGCGAACGAGAACUUCGGCACUGGUAAUGCGGAGAGCAGAUUCGAGUCUAGUGCAGACGACAGCAAUGAGUAUUCCACUGGCAGCGGGCACAACAAUGAGCGCUCGUCAUCCGGGUAUGGUGGGCAGAAGGAGAGCUUUGGCGAUAAGAUGAUUGACAAGGCUGCUCAAUUCGCUAAGAAGGAGUGGUAG